ACAACAAUGGUGGUGUCACCAGCCAGCUCGGAAGCCCAGAUGGUGCAGUCGCUGGGCUUCGCCAUCUACCGCGCGCUGGACUGGGGCCUGGACGAGAACGAGGAGCGCGAGCUCAGCCCGCAGCUAGAACAGCUCAUCGACCUCAUGGCUAACAGCGACAGCGAGGACGGCAGCUGCGGGGCAGACGAGGGCUACGGGGGCCCGGAGGAGGAAGAGGAGGCCGAGGGCACCCCACGGGCAGUGCGCACCUUUGCGCAGGCCAUGCGACUGUGCGCUGCACGCCUGACAGAGCCCCGGGGCGCGCAGGCGCACUACCAGGCAGUGUGCCGUGCGCUCUUCCUGGAGACACUGGAGCUGCGCGCCUUCCUAGCCCGUGUGCGCGAGGCCAAGGAGAUGCUGCAGAAGUUUCGGGAGGAUGAGCCCCAGGCAGAGAAGCCCCUGGCAGAGCUAGAUGACCUGGGGCGCACAGACUGGGCCAGACUCUGGGUCCAACUCAUGCGGGAGCUUCGCCACGGAGUGAAACUCAAGAAGGUUCAGGAGAAGGAGUUCAACCCACUGCCCACAGAGUUCCAGCUCACACCAUUCGAGAUGCUCAUGCAGGACAUCCGCGCCCGCAACUACAAGCUGCGGAAGGUCAUGGUCGAUGGGGACAUCCCUCCCAGGGUGAAGAAGGACGCCCAUGAGAUCAUCCUGGACUUUAUCCGCUCGCGGCCACCACUGAAGCAGGUCUCGGAAAGGAGGCUGCGCCCACUACCGCAGAAGCAGAGGACUUUGCACGAGAAGAUCCUGGAGGAGAUCAAGCAGGAGAGGAAGCUGCGGCCAGUGGGCAGCUCGCCCUGGGACACCCGCCGGUUUGGCUCUCUGCCCUGUAUCCUCAAUGCCUGCUCCGGGGAUGUUAAGUCCACUUCCUGCAUCAACCUUUCUGUCUCGGAUGCCGGGAGCAGCACCCAGCACCCACGACCCCGGGUCCUGCUCAAGGCGCCCACCUUAGCCGAGAUGGAGGAGAUGACCACGUCAGAGGAGGAGGAGUCUCCGUGUGGGGAGACGACCCUGAAGCGGGACCGCUCCUUCUCGGAACAAGACCUGGCCCAGCUCCGGAGUGAGAUGGCUUCGGGCCUGCCAGCCUCUGAGACUUCAUCAGGGACAAAACCGUCAGCCCGGCCCCGAGCAGGCAGCAUGCACACCUGGAGGCCCAGUGCCCCGGACCGGGGUUCCUUCCCUGUGAGCGUCCAGGCCCGGCCUGCCCCUGCCCCUGCCACAGCCCCACUCAGUGGCCUGGGUACAGUGGAGGAGAGGCCUGAGGCUGCGGGGGCCCAGGACAGCCAGGCCAAGCACCUGUGGCUGGAGUUCAGCCACCCUGUGGAGAGCCUGGCACUGACCGUGGAGGAGGUGAUGGACGUGCGCCGAGUGCUGGUAAAGGCCGAGAUGGAGAAGUUCCUGCAGAACAAGGAGCUCUACAGCAAUCUGAAGAAGGGGAAGAUUUGCUGCUGCUGUCGAAUCAAGUUCCCACUGUUCUCCUGGCCACCUACCUGUCUCUUUUGCAAGAGAGCUGUCUGCUCCUCCUGUAGCAUAAAGAUGAAAAUGCCUUCUAAGAAGUUUGCACACAUCCCUGUGUAUACUCUGGGCUUUGAGAGUCCGCAGAGGCCGUCAAGUGCCAGAGCCACCCUGGGCCAGAGAAAAGACAUCUUCCAGUCCCUGCAGGGGCCCCAGUGGCGGGGCGUGGAGGAGGAGUUCCCCCACAUCUAUGCCCAUGGCUGUGUUCUGAGGGGUGUCUGCAGUGACUGCACCAGUUUCGUGGCCGACGUGGUCCGCUCCAGCCGCAAGAGCGUGGACGUCCUCAACACCACACCACGCCGUGCCCGCCAGACCCAGUCCCUCUACAUCCCCUCCACCCGGACUCUGGACUUCCAGUGA